UCUGCUUCUUUUCGGAGAAGAAAGGAAGUUUGGUUAUUUUAAACCAAGUGAGUUCAGUUUUGGAAUCCUCAUAAAGGCCUGCUCUGAUCUCACUAAAGAAGCUUGGAUUCAUACAGAGCUUGGAAGACGCUUUUGAGGAAAUCCACUCUUGUGACAUCGCUCUGUACAAUGCAAUGAUUGGCGGUUUCUCGAGAAAUGGGCUCGAUUCGAUCGCUUUGGAUUGUUUCAUUGAACUGUUAUUCGAAGGGUUCGCGCCCAAUGAGUGCACCUUAGCUUCUGCACUCAAAUCUUGUGCUGUUUUGAAGUCUGAUAACUGUGGAAGAAUGAUUCAUGGAGUUGCAGAGAAGUCGAAAUUCUGCGAAAAUCUCGUAGUAAAAACCGCUCUGAUAGAUAUGUAUAUGAAGUGUGGGAAGGCAGAGGAAAGUUGCAGAAUCUUUGAUUCCAUGUUUGAAAGAAACACAGUUUGUUAUAAUUCCAUGAUUUUCGGGUUAGCCCAAAAUGGAUAUUUUGAUGAAGCAGUGAGACUUUCGAUCGAGAUGAAGUCACUCUAUAUAGAACUUGACUCAUCAACAUUCGUCGCCUUGAUGAACUCUUGUUUGGAGCACGAGUUCACCAUCUAUGGUGAUGCUGUUAAACACGGAUUUGGUUCGAACCUUAUGAUCAUAAACACCCUUCUUAGUUGCCUUAUCAAGAGAGGAUCUGUCGAAGAAGCUCUCGAAUUGUUCGAAAAGAUGAGUGAGAGAGAUGUUGUUUCUUGGACGGCUAUUAUUUCAGGACUCACCCAAUUGGAUCUUCAUUAUAAUUGUAUUGAAUUUUUUAAAUCAAUGUGUUCUUCUGAGAUCUCUCCUAAUAGCUUCACCUUUUCCAGUGCUUUGAAGGCUUGUGGGAGCUUAGCUAAUAUAAAGCAAGGCAGAUGUAUUCAUGCUUGUGGAAUCAAGCAUGGUGUCAUGGAUGAGUUCACCAACAGCUCUCUUCUAGACAUGUACCCAAAAUGUGGGGCUUUGGAAGAUGGUAGAGCACUUUUCGACGAGAUUGGGAGUAAAGAUAUAGUCUCAUGGAACACGAUGAUCACCGCAUAUGCGCAACAUGGUCGAGGACAAGAGGCUCUAGGGAUGUACAUGAUGAUGCAAGAUCGAAAUUUGGAGCCAAAUCAUGUUACUUUCGUGUCGCUUCUGUCAGCAUGCAGUCACUGCGGAAUGGUGGAAGUUGGAAUUCAGCUUUUCGAGCUUAUGGUUUCGAAGCAUGGAAUCGUUCCUCUUAUGGAGCACCAUGCCUGCAUGGUUUACUUGUUUGGUCGGGCGGGGUUUUUGGAUCGAGCAAAGUUGUUCAUUGAUGCUAUGCCAUCGGAGCCGGAUGCGUCGAUAUGGACAGUGUUUUUGGCGGCUUGUAAGCUCCAUGGCGACUUUGAGUUAGCGCAAUUGGCGAGGAAGAAGCUUAGUGGAAUGGUUUGGGAAGAUAAGCCAACAGUUGUUCUUAUGUCUAAUAUGCUGUCUGAAGUAGGGAAAUGGGAUGAUGCUGAGGAGGAGAGGAAGAGAAUCAGCAUGGAGGGGGUGAGAAAGGAGCCUGGAUUGAGCUGGGUGCAGAUUGCAGAAACUUUUGCUUGAAUGUUUCAAAGAGAGCGUUUUUUAUAUUGCUUGCUUCUGCAAAAUUGCACCUGAUGAUUUGAGGGGAAUGAAAGAAGGGGAAUUUACAUACAUGUCACCUAAUUUCUGUGUAUUUACAUGUGUGAUAACUAAACUUUACUUUUUUUUUUUACAUUUAUAUCACCCAAAUCUUUCAUAUCAUAUAAAAAUUGCCU